AUUUCACGGGCACAAGUAUCCGCAGCAGCGAGGACGACACUUAACCGGAUCCGCAAACAACUCAGAUUCCUAGCUCUUCUGCGUCACAAAACCUAACGCUAACUCUCUCUCUCUCUCUCUCAACAAUGGCGAUUUCGUAGAAUCAAAUAAAUAGCAGCAAGCAAAGCAAUGGAGUCCGAGCUCAAAGACCUAAAUCCCAAAUCAGCCUCCCACCAGCAACCACCACCGCCUUCCGAUGACGCCCGCCCCCUCCUCAAACCCGAGGAUUCUGCUGCGGACCCACAGCCGCUCCCCGCCGCAACGCUCGAGGACCUCGGGAAGAAGUACGCCGCCUACGUCCGCAACGAUGUCUACGGCGUCAUGGGCCGCGGCGAGCUGCCCUGGACGGAAAAGCUCCUGCUCGGAAUCGCCUUCCUCACUCUUGUCCCGGUCCGCGUCGCCGUCACGCUGGCGAUACUGGUUUUCUAUUACUUGAUUUGUAGGGUUUGCACGCUGUUCUCUGCGCCGAAUCGGGAGGAGGAGCAGGAGGAUUACGCUCACAUGGGCGGGUGGAGGAGGGCCGUCAUUGUUCAGUCCGGUCGGUUCCUCUCCAGAGCCAUGCUUUUCGUUCUAGGGUUUUAUUGGAUCAAAGAGACUUAUCGGAAUCCAGACGUGGAUGGAAACAUGACUUCAGAGACUGAGUGCAAAGAUCAACCUGAAGAAUCUGGAAGACCUGGAGCUAUCAUAUCCAAUCAUGUAUCUUAUUUGGACAUAUUAUAUCACAUGUCUUCCUCCUUUCCAAGUUUUGUUGCUAAGAGAUCAGUGGCUAAACUUCCUCUAGUUGGUCUCAUCAGCAAAUGCCUUGGCUGUGUUUAUGUCCAGCGGGAGUCCAAAUCAUCUGAUUUCAAGGGUGUUUCUGGUGUUGUCAAUGAAAGAGUUAGAGAAGCUCAUCAGAAUAGAUCUGCUCCAAUGAUGAUGCUUUUCCCAGAGGGCACAACUACUAAUGGAGACUUCCUCCUUCCAUUUAAGACUGGCGCAUUUCUUUCAAAAGCUCCAGUUCUUCCUGUAAUUUUAAGAUAUCCAUACCAGAGAUUUAGUCCAGCCUGGGACUCCAUAUCUGGAGUGCGCCAUAUAAUUUUUCUUCUGUGUCAAUUUGUACAUUACCUCGAGGUUAUGAGGUUACCUGUCUACUACCCUACACAGCAGGAAAAGGAUGACCCAAAACUUUAUGCAGAUAGUGUCCGAAGGUUGAUGGCUCGUGAGGGUAAGCUGAUCCUGUCUGAUAUUGGUUUGGCAGAGAAACGUGUGUAUCAUGCUGCUCUGAAUGGUAAUAAUAGCCUGCCUAGUGUUUUGCAUCAGAAAGACGAUUGAUAAAUUACAUGGCCUCGCUCUCAAAAGAUACCUAGUGCCAGUUCCCUUUGCCAACAAUAACUCGGAUUUGUCAUCUGUAUAGUCAAUUGUAUUGUUUCUAUUAUUUAUAAACAAAAAGAAAAUCUUCAUAUGAAAAAUUAUGCUUGUACAAGGGGUUAUUGUUACUUUAUUAGAUGAAUUGUAUGUGUCUGGACUUUGAAUUACUUAAAGAGUUUGGGGGCAUUUUGGAAGCUGGCGCUUUAUCCGGCAUUGCUUAUCGGUUCACAUAGGCUCAGCAAGUUGAUAUCUUUGGUUAGAAGUGGCAACUUCAGUAGCUGUAUCCUGCUCUGCUUAGGCAUUGUUGUAUAGCCAAGUUCUCCUUGACUUGUAUCUCGUGAUUUGUUCCCCGCAACAAUCAAUUUUGGCUCACAAUUGCUCAUCAGAUGAAGUUCUUGGCUGUCGGUUGGCAACUGUAUUUGCUUUGCUUAGUUCACCAGCCAAGUGGGUCAUUCUCAGUGAGAGAGGGAGGGUGGCCCUUCUGAUCUGAUAUGAGUGUUUUAGUGCAUUUGAAAUUCAGAAAUGACUUGGUAUUUUGUCUA